ACCCUGCUUCUAUUUAAGUCCGAGGCAGUCCCCGGGUCCCCAGUCAUUUUAGCCGGUGCCCAGGCCAUCAGCGCAGAAGAGAAGGGUAGCAUGGUUGCGGGGGACAAAGAGAGACAGGAGGGGCCGGCCAAGAGAGCCCUCCAGAAGAUCCACAGAGCCACCCUGGUGAUCAGCUUGGCCCGAGGUUGGCAGCAGUGGGCAAAUGAGAACAGCACCAGGCAGGCCCAGGAGCCUGCAGGCUGGCUGCCGGGUAGGACUCAGGACUCAACCCAAGAUCCUAAACCAGUGACACACCCCGCUCCCAACCAGAAAGUUUGGAGUGCCCCAAAGUCUCCUUCCCUAAAGCCAGAGGGGCAUGGAGAUGGACAGAGCUCAGAGGAAGCCACUGAGGUCUCUCACAUCAAAAGGAAAGAGGUGACCAAAACAGUUGUCAGCAAAGCUUAUGAGAGAGGAAGAGACGUGAGUGACCUCAGCCACAGAUAUGAGAAGGACGGUGGCAUGCCAGAACCUGGGCAGCCAGAGGAUGACAUUGACCGGAUUCUCCACAGCCACGGCUCCCCAACACGGCGGAGAAAAUGCUCCAACCUGGUGUCUGAGCUGACCAAAGGCUGGAAGGCGAUGGAGCAGGAUGAGCCCAAGGGGAGGAGUGACAGCAUAGACACGGAGGACAGCGGCUACGGCGGCGAGACUGAGGACAGGCCCGAAGAGGAGGAUGGGGAGCAGGUGGCCAGAAUCAGACGCCCCUUACCUUCCCAGGCAAACCGAUUUAUGGAGAAACUCAACUGCAAGGCCCAACGGCAACACAGCCAAGUGCACAGCCUGAAAGGGAGAUGGCAACAGUGGGCCGAUGAACACAUACAGUCCCAGAAGCUCAACCCUUUCAGUGAAGAAUUCGAUUAUCAGCUGGCCAUGUCCACCCGCCUACACAAGGGAGAUGAAGGCUAUGGCCGUCCCAAGGAGGGAACCAAGACUGCCGAAAGGGCCAAGCGAGCUGAGGAGCACAUCUACAGAGAAAUUAUGGACAUGUGCUUCAUUAUCCGCACGAUGGCGCGCCACAGACGGGAUGGAAAGAUCCAGGUUACUUUCGGAGAUCUCUUUGACAGAUACGUCCGUAUUUCAGAUAAAGUAGUGGGCAUCCUCAUGCGUGCCAGAAAACACGGACUGGUUGACUUUGAAGGAGAGAUGUUAUGGCAAGGCCGCGAUGACCACGUUCUGAUUACUCUACUUGAGUGA